ACAAACAAAUAAAAUGAAAAAGUAGCAAUAACAACAGCAAGCAAGCAGUCAAUUAUAAAGCGAAAACUAAAAACCAGCGGUUCGUUUUGCCGACCAAUAAGUAGAAAAUCCACCCGAAGAAGACCCAAAAUCCAAACUAAACUUGGAUCCAUAAAUUGAUAUUUAAAAAUAACAAUAUAUGCCAGUAAUGGAAACUCGUGAAUUUUGCCAAAAAAUAAUGGAAGAAGUUGAUAUCUAAUUUCCUUAAUUAAUCCAAUCCGAUUUUAAAAUAAAAAGAAAAGACACUGCAAAGUCUUUGAAGUAGCUUUUGGAUAAAUUGAAAAUGUGUUUAGCUUAACUAAAUUUGGGUAGUUUUGAGGAUAAAGUGAAGAAUUAUUAUUUGACAUAUAAUAUUAGUUUAUAUAUGAUGGAUAUUUGCAGGUAUUUACGAAGGAGCGUUUUUGGAUAUUUAAGUGUAGAUUUUUUAGCGUUUUGUAUUGUUUCUUUAGAAGGGAAUAUUAUUCUAAUGUCGUCUAAAUAUCUAGAUUGGAGAGUUAAAUUCUAUGUAGAAUUGGCGUUUACUUAUACGGAAUGUGGGUCUUUUUAAGCAGCUUGUAAAGUAAUAGAGAAUGGGCUUUAAAAAGUAAUUGAAUAGAAAAAUUUGGAAGAAUUAGAUCCUCCUUUACCGGAUUUUAUAUAGAAUAUGUUUUUAAAUAACCUUAGAAUUUUGAGAGUUUUGGAAGUGAAGUUUAAAUUAUAAAACGGGAUUUUUAAUAUUGAAAGCUGGAAAAAGAAAAUUGACGAGUAUUUUCAGGAAGAUUUCGAAGGAAAAAAUAUGGCCUUUAUAGAAAGUCUGAAACUAAAUAAUGCCAAAAUUGGUAAUAUUAUAGAUAAAAAGGGUGCUUAAAAUUGGAAAAACUAGGCUGUUUAGAUUAUUUUUGAAUAAUAUUAUAAAAGCGAUUUGGAACUUUUGAGUAAUGGUCUGGAAUAAGAAAAUGAAAAAAUGAGUAAAAUUUUAGAAUAUAGAUAGGGAGUUUAGGAUGAGGAAGGAAGAUUGGAAGCUACUUAAAAAAUGAGGGAGUUUCUCGGAUAGAUGAUUAAGGAAAAAGAAUGGAAAAAAGCAAGCCUGAAAGUGCCUUUAGAAUAUCAUGUGGAGUUGAUUUAUUACGCGUAUGAGGUUGGGAAUGAGUAGGUGGUCAAUUAGCUGAUUAAAUGGGCACUUGUUAGGUGUAAAUAUAGGAGGAUUGAGUGUCCUUUUAUUGUAGAUGUGGAUGUUGUGGCUGAUUUUACGCCUUUUCCAAAUAUUUAGAAUGGGUAUGAGAAGAUUUAGAUUGAUAUCAAUGAGAGUAGUUUGAAGGCAGAGCUAAAAAAAUUGAGGAAUAAAUAAAAGGAUAAUAACCAGAAAAAGGAAGAGAAAAAAGAGGAGAAAAAAGACGAUAAAAAAGGAAAUAAAAACCAAUAAUAAUAAUAAUAAUAAUAAUAAUAAUAAUAAUAAAAUUAAUAAUAAAAUAAAUAAAAUAAUCCAUUAGGAGCUACAUCUGAAGAAUUAGCCUAAAUAAAUCACACAUAUGUAUAUUUGGCAGUAAAAAGAAGUUAAAAUCCAGAAAAUGCUAUAUAUGGAAUUGAUGUAGUCUUAAUAGAUGAGGAAGAUUAAAAAAGCCUUUAAAAUAAAAUCAACGAAGGUUGGAGGGCUAUUGCUUUGCCUAUAAAAGCGGCUCAUUAAUAGAUUUUUGAGGGGAAAAAAGAGAAAAAAUUUGUGCCUUAUUUAUUAUUGAAGCAUAGUCGAGAAAUGCUCAAAAAUGAAGAAGAGAAAAAAAGCUUAGUUAGUGAAAUUAAGCCUUUUGUUGGGAAAAGUAAAAUAAUAAGACCUGAUGUUCGAUUUACGAAAAUAGAGUGUGAUUUAAGGCAGAAUCGGAAGGAAGAUUUUAAAAAUGUAAAUUCUGAGUAUGUUUUUUUGAGUUUUAAAAGCGAAGAAUUCUAUUUUGUGAAUGAGAGAGAAGUAUAGAUUUUAAACGCUUUUUGGAAGUUGGAAUAGUCGCAUUUUUCAAAUAGUCCGUAAAUGAAGGUCAGUACAUUGGAAGAGGAGAAAAAAAUACACUUGGAUAUGAAUUAUGAUGUCAGGAAAUUAUAGGAUAUUUUUUAGGUAAUCAAAAAUACAUUAGAAGGGCCUUUAGGCGAGUAGUUUUUUGAAUAAAAGAAAGAUUUUUUAAAUAAUCUAGUUUUUUUUUUAUGGAAUAAAUAUAUGUUAGGCUGUCUUUAGUAGAUUUAAUAUGUACAUGAGAUGAGUUUAUGUGAGGAAAUAUCGAGUAGAGAAUAUGAGUAAUAUAAAGAGAUUAUUGAUGAGGCUAAAAGUGUUUUCGUGGAAGGACUUAAAGUUUUUAAUUUAAUAAAUAUGAGAAAUAAUGAAAAUUGUGAUGUUUUGUGGGUUUGUAAAUAUAAUAUUGAAUUAGCGAAAAUGUUAGAGGAAAAAGAAGAAUUUAGAUAAUGUAUUUAAAAUUUGAGAUGGUGUUUAGGUAUUUUAGUUAGUUUUAGAGAUUACUUAUUUAUAAGAGGAGCUGAAAGUCAAUAUGAUGCUUUUUUACCAUUCCAAUUGAGCUGUAAUGGAAGGAAAAUACGAAAAUGUAUCGAAAAUAUGAAAAAAUAAUAUGUUAGGGCGAAAAACGAGAUUAGUGCUUUAGUUAGAAGAUAAUAAAAAAAAGGAAAACAAUUAGAUUCAGAUGAAGAAUAGGAAGAAGAAUUUGAAUUUUUGGAAGCCAGAAGGGAAUUUUUAUAAGAUGAUAAUUUAGAUAAUGAGUUUUUUAAAGAAUUAGAUAAAAAAUAAGGCUUUUCGGAAUUAGAGAAAAAUAUUAAUACAAUACAUGUUGAUUUAGUUAUUAAUUUAUUAAGAAAUGAACUUAAAUAAGGAAAAUUAAUGUCUAAAGCAAAUAUUGAAAAAAGUAAAUUUGUUAAAUCUAUAAGAGAAGAAAAUUAAUAUAUGACGAAAUCAUAAGCACUUCGUAUAAAAAAUUUGCCUUUAAAUGAGGAUUAUGGAAAUAUUCCUGAUAAAGAGAAAAUAAAAGCAACUUUAAUGUAAGGAGAAACAGCAAAAGAAAUACGAAAAAAUGUAAAAUAAUUAUAAACUACAUUAUAGAAUGCUGGAGAAUUACAAACUCCGAAACCCGUUCUUCAAAAAUAUGAAGUUUUUCUUUUGUAAGAAUAAAUAAGUAAUCCUUAUACUUUGGCAAUUUUAUAUAUGGUUUUGAGUGGAAACAAGAGCUCUUUUUCUGAUUAGAAAUAUUUAUUACAAUAGGCUUUUUAAUAUAUUGAAGAUUGUGAAAAAAUGGAAGAAAAGCAUAUCGAUAAAUGUUAAAAAGAUGCUAUUUAUGUACUCUCUACGCUUUUAGAUAAUAAAUUAAAUGGACAAAAAAACGAGUAAUUUUAUCCUUUUUCCCAUUUAUAUAUGAAGGAAUUUAUUAAGAAAUAUAAAGUACCUAGAAAUCCUGUUUUAAUUUAAAGAAAUAGUAAUUAAAUUACCUUAAAGUUUCCUCCAUUUGCACCUUUAGUAGGCGAUAUGGAGGCUAAAAAACACCCUGAGAAAACUGAGGUUCAAAGCAUGAGUAUUUUUGGGAAAAUAUCAGCCAAUGGAGUCAAUGUGUCAGAAACAUGUACCGAUUUGGAAAAUACAGGAAUCAAAUUUGCACCUAACUAGUGUAUAGAGGUUAAAAAAUUGCUUCAAAAUUAAAAAUAUUGUUUUGCGUGCGCUGGAUAUGAUAAAAGAGGGGAAAUCUCAGGCGGAAUAGGAGAAACUGGAGAAGAUAUUAUCUGUUUACUACCAAUGCCAGUGAAUUUAUUAUGGUGUUAUUUGUGUAAAAUCAGUUAUUAGAUAGGAGAUUUUGAAAGAGCUGAAAAUUGCUUUGAUAGAGUUUUGGAGUUUUUUUGCGAAAAGAGCUUUUUUUUAGAUAAAAGAGGUUCAGGGGAAAAUUAGGUAUUUUUCUAUAUUAUUAAAUAGGAGGUUUUUUUAAAAGAUGUGUCUUAUGGGGAAAUGUAGGCUUUUAUGGAAAGUUUAAUUAUAAAAGGAAGAUGUUUAGGACGAAAAAUGGAAGAAGAAAAUAAAGAAUUUAAAAAAAAAUCAGAGAGUGAAUGCUAGAAAUAGAAAAGAAAGCUUAAAAUGAUUAAUUUCUUUGUUUUGGGACUAUAAAUUGGGGUUAGUGUGAAAAAUUGGGGCAUCUGUAAACGUGUUUUGGUUGAUAUUUAUAAUAAUAUUAGGGAAUUUAUUGAAAUGAAGAAUGUUUUGGUAGGAGUUUUUCAUGUUUUGUUAAAAAGUAUUAUUCUUGUGUGUGAGAUUCCAAAGUAAUUUUGGGAUAAAAACCUGAGAGUAAUCUCUGGAAAAUUAACGUUUGAAAUUUUGAAGUGUUCUUUAUAAUUUAAUGAGUGUUUAGUAGCUAAAAGAGUACUUUUUUCAGCUUUUACUUAAGGGUUUAAUAGAAAAUGGUAUACUGUGAGUAAAAUUAUUUAAGUUCCUUUUAUUGAUGAAUCGGAAUAAGAUUAAAAAAAAAUAAUAAAGAAAGAAAAUAAAAAAGGAAAGGAAUAAUAAUAAUAAUAAUAGUAAUAAUAACAAUAAAAUAUUGAAUAAAAAAUGAUUCCUAAAUUAACCAGAAGAGUUUUUGAGUAUUAAUCUUAAUAAUAGUGUUUUUUGGAAGAUUUUUUAUUAAAUUUACCUGAAGAAAUCUGCGGGUUUGAUUUUGUUUAAAAAUUUGUUGAAAAAUGGAAAGAAGUAAUAGACGGAUUUAAUGGUUUGGUGGAGAAUACAUAGGAUGAAUUGGAAAAAUGA